AUGGGAAUGCUGCACGCUGUGCGCGGCGCCAAGAUCCCCUCCAGGCAUCUGCGAGGAAAAAAAGGCGCGAAGAAACCAAACAUAACCGGCCCCGCGCAGUCCUGCUGGAGCCGCCGCGGAGGCCGCGGGCCCCCGCGCUUCCGCUAUUGUCUCCUCAGCCCCGAAGCCGCCUUCCAGGGGGACAGCGGCCGCGGGCCCCGCUUAAGCACAGAACACUACGUAACUUUCGUAACCUGCCCGCUGUGCGGAACAGUGUUUCGCGAAGAGCGCUUAGGGCGUAGUUGGGUUCCGAGAAUAGGUGCAGAUAUUUUCGAGGGCCGGAAUUUGCGCAGCGCCGGGCCGCCCGUAACAGUAAUUAAAUACUUCUGUAAUAUUUUGCUUAAAACUAAUGUUGAUCCUUACAGGUUUGGAGCAAGUCGCGGAGGUCCUCUUCCUCCAAAGAAAUUUGGUAAUCCGGGGGAACGUCUACGUAAGAAGAAGUGGGACUUAAAUGAGCUGCCCAAGUUUGAGAAGAAUUUUUAUGUGGAACAUCCAGAAGUGGCCAGGCUUACUCCGUAUGAAGUCGAAGAACUGAGAAGAAAAAAAGAGAUAACAAUUCGAGGAAUGGAGGGCUGCCCCAAGCCUGUGUUUGCAUUCCACCAGUGUAGCUUUCCGCAGUAUGUGAUGGAUGCCUUGAUGGAUCAGAACUUCACGGAACCCACUCCAAUUCAGUGCCAAGGCUUUCCUCUGGCUCUCAGUGGUCGUGAUAUGGUGGGCAUUGCUCAGACUGGCUCUGGGAAGACUCUAGCAUAUUUGCUGCCUGCAAUUGUUCACAUCAACCACCAGCCAUAUUUGGAAAGAGGGGAUGGCCCAAUUUGCCUGGUUCUAGCACCUACUAGAGAGUUGGCCCAGCAAGUGCAGCAGGUGGCUGACGAUUAUGGCAAAUGUUCAAGACUGAAGAGUACCUGCAUAUAUGGAGGAGCACCCAAAGGUCCCCAGAUCAGAGAUCUAGAAAGAGGUGUGGAGAUCUGCAUUGCUACACCAGGUCGUUUGAUUGACUUCCUUGAGGCGGGAAAGACCAACCUUCGUCGGUGUACGUACCUUGUUCUGGAUGAGGCAGACAGGAUGUUGGAUAUGGGAUUUGAACCUCAAAUUCGUAAAAUUGUUGACCAGAUAAGGCCUGACAGACAGACUCUGAUGUGGAGCGCUACCUGGCCAAAAGAAGUGCGCCAGCUUGCCGAGGACUUCCUGCAGGACUAUGUUCAGAUCAAUGUGGGAAAUUUGGAACUGAGUGCCAACCACAAUAUCCUACAGAUAGUGGAUGUAUGCAUGGAAAGCGAGAAAGACCAUAAACUGAUACAGCUGAUGGAAGAAAUCAUGGCAGAGAAAGAAAACAAGACUAUCAUCUUUGUGGAGACAAAGAGGAGAUGUGAUGAUCUCACUCGAAGGAUGCGCAGAGAUGGUUGGCCAGCUAUGUGUAUCCAUGGAGACAAGAGUCAGCCAGAAAGAGAUUGGGUGCUUAAUGAAUUUCGUUCUGGAAAGGCUCCCAUCCUCAUUGCUACCGACGUUGCGUCUCGUGGGCUAGAUGUGGAAGAUGUUAAAUUUGUGAUAAACUACGACUAUCCGAACAGCUCUGAAGAUUAUGUGCACCGUAUUGGCCGUACCGCACGUAGUACCAACAAGGGUACUGCCUACACGUUCUUCACCCCAGGAAACCUGAAACAGGCCCGGGAGCUUAUCAAAGUGUUGGAAGAAGCCAAUCAAGCCAUCAAUCCGAAACUGAUGCAACUUGUGGACCACAGAGGAGGUGGAGGUGGUGGUGGAGGAGGUCGUUCUCGUUACCGUACGAGCAGUUCAGUAAACAACCCUAACCUGAUGUACCAGGAAGAGUGUGACAGGAGGCUCCGGGGAGUGAAGGAAGGCCGGAGAGACUCAGGUGGCUUCAGAGACCGUGAGCGUGGUGACAGUUAUGCCAACGGAGCCAACAAGACCUAUGGCAGUGCCUAUGGGAGCCCAAAUUCUGCUUUUGGGGCAGCACAAAGUCAGUAUGGCUACACUCAAGGGAGCUAUGGAGCAGCUGCCUAUGGCACGAGUGGCUAUGGCACUGCAGAGUACAGUGCUAGUGGCUAUGGUGCCAGCACCACAGCUGCCCUCCCCCACCCCCACCCCCUCCCCCCUCACGCAAAUGAGACCACUCGCCUGCUGGUGACCAGUGUAGACCUCUUGCAUUUAAAGGAACCUUUUCUUUCUCUUUUUUUCCCAUUGUGA